AUGAUGGUGGUCGUCAUGGGCAGCAGCACAACGUCGGACAAGACCAUCAACACGAGCACCGACUCAGCGGCCACCGCGCUCACCUCGGUCACCGGCACUGACGACUCCAUGGACGCCGAGCCUGACGCUCCCGAGCUGUCGGAGCCCAGCCUCAUCGACGACCCUAACGUUCCUGCCCACCCUCCAAGCACAGCCCCGCCUCACUACCACAGAAACCAAAACAGCAGUGACAUCGACUCCCCAGCGUACACAAAACCGCAAUCAGCGACCGACGUUAUAGACUCCCCUAGACCCGGGCCGGCGCGGUUUGUGUUCGACGUCCCCAUACCAGACCCGAAGAGACAGGACAAGCCACGGAAUAAGACACAGACACAAGUCAGCCAGACGAGUAUAGCGUCCACAUCUAUACAGAUACCUUACGAUCCAAAGAUGGAUACGCCGAAAAGUCCAAAGGCAAAUCAAACGAAAUAUGAAACACACUUUAAGUUCGAGCCUGACCCAGCCAAGAGGAGAGGUAGUGAACCGAGAGUGAAGAACAAACAGAAGAUAGAGAAGGAGUAUUAUAAGGAUGAGGUGGCGAAGUUGAGGAGACAAUUGGAGGGCACGGAGGUGUUUACGACGUCGAGAAGACGGUCGUCAGCACACCAGCACUCUGUUCCCCCACCGUCCGUCAGUAGAAGACAGUCCACAGCUGCCCAAGUCCACGUGACCGCCAACCCGCUGGACUCCGCGGCCAACAACAUCCCUGCUGGUAGGACGACCAUCGUGGUACAGCAACCGUCACUCUCCCUGGACUAUGGUGGCUGUGCCACCAUCCUGGUGAGAGAUGACGAGCGCCGCAAGAGCAGGGUCUGCAGCGACCACAUCCAGCAGCUGCUGGACGUCACCAGCCAGUUCACCUCGGAAGACCUUCAUGAGUUCGAUAAGAGGUACGGCAGUCCACACCACUCGAGGUCGCAGUCAGUGAAGGCGGGGCGCUCCCGCACUGGCGAGCGACAGUUGCUGGGCCUGCCCCAGCAGAGGGCGCGCGUCGCCUCCAUGCCAAAUACUGGCGUCGAGGAGGAGUACUACCGGCUGAGGCAUUUCAGCAUCACUGGUAAGGGUGUGGUGAACCGCGGUGACUCACUGCGGUCGCGCCGCUCUCGCUCCAACACCUCGGUGGCGUCCAGUGCGUCCAGCACCGAAGCUGUCACCAGGGCAUCUGCACCCUGCUCGCUGGCCUCAUCAAGGGACUCGUCAGCCGGGCUCAGCUCAUACCGUGUGCUGGUGCUGGGUGCGCCUGGAGUCGGCAAGUCCAGCCUGGUGGGGCAGUUCAUGACCUCAGAGUACCUGCACGCGUAUGAUACCAGUAUCGAUGACGAGUCUGGAGAAAGAUCAGUAUGCGUGCUACUGGCAGGCGAGGAGUCGGAGAUCACGUUCCUAGACGCACCGCCUGACCAUAUAAUUACGGAAGGCUGUGCCCACGGGUACUGCGUAGUCUACUCGACAGCUGACAGAAGCAGCUUCAUGGAAGCGGAGAGGAGACUGCAAAUUCUAUGGGCAGCUGGUCACACCUCGCGGAGAGCUGUGAUCCUCGUCGGGAACAAGGCUGAUCUGGCCAGGUCGAGAGCUGUUCCCACUGACGAGGGCAAGAACCUGGCGACGUCAUACGAGUGCAAGUUCAUAGAGACGUCGGUGGGCAUCAACCACAACGUGGACGAGCUGCUGGUGGGGCUGCUCACACAGAUCCGGCUCAAGCAGCAGCAUGCUGAGAGGGUCAGAAAGCGCAGCAACUCGCGCAAGAACCGUGCGCGAGCGCGCUCCCCACUGGAGACGGAGACUCCCGCGCCGGUUGCCGCGCCUCCCUCCGCCUCCGCUAACAGCACGCCGCGCAAGCGCACCAGGCUAUCUGCCAGUGUCAAGGUCCGUGGUCUGCUGGGCCGCGUUUGGGCUCGGGACUCAAAGUCCAAGUCGUGCGAGAACCUGCACGUCCUCUAGCACUCAGCCGCCGAGUCCGUCGCCUGCUUCCCGUUUUUCGACUGUGCUGCCACCUACACUUAAACUUGGUGACAGUUACUACGUGAACUAAACUGUGUUGGAAUCUUGUGUGAUCAAAAAUUCAUUCAAUCGAUAUUAAUCUUUAGUUGUAGGUUAUUUUUGUUUGUUCCCAGGUACUGAGUUUAUUCUAAAGUAGACUUUGUAACAUUGAUUUAGGAAUAUAUUUAAUUAGAUCGUGUUUUAAAUGUUCACACAAAAUUCUAAUUCAGACUAUGUCAUCAAAUGUGUAUGUCUUACCUACCCCCAUAGCACCCCUGUAGCGAAAAUCCCAUCACUGUAAUUCUAUAGAUUCUCCAAUAGAUGGCGCUUAAUAUUAAAUGACAACGCCAUCUAUUGGGAUAUAGGUAAUUUAAUGUUAAUAAUAGAAUAAUAAAACCAAUUUAUGUAUUUGGUUUCAUUAUUCUAAAUAUGGAAUGAAUCAGUCUUCUAAUACUUUUAGAGCUUCUGACUUUACUGAAAUAAUAAAAUGAAACUUGUCUUGCUGUGCUAUUCAGAAAAAUGGGUAAAAUAAUUAACACGUAUCGGGAAGUUGACGGAUCGGCGAUAAAUAAAAUGUUAAAUGAAUAAAAUUAAAUGAAUUUUGUAAACAAAUAUAAAUUGUUGGAGGACUGAAUUUAAAUAAAUCGUAGUGAAAAUUAAACGUCUAAUGUUUUGAGUGUUUGACGGGUGUUGUUCGUGUGACGACCUAGAUGGCGGUGUU